GUCUCGUGCACCAAGCUCACCCCCUCACACACCGCGCUCGACAAAAUUCAAAGACAAGAGAAACAGACAGACAGACAGACAUGCACACAUCCAUCCAUCCCUCCCUCACGCGCGAUCACCAUCUGAAAGAAGACCCAACUGCACUACAACCUCAGCCACAUCCCUCUCUCUUCUCUCCUCCCCUAUGGGCGCUCUCUCUCUCGUGCGUCGCUCUGCUGGUUUCUCUCUCUGUCUGUGUGUCUGUCUGUGUGUCCAUCCAUCCAUCUAGUAGUAGGACCCGUCAGCCUUGCCCUGUGCGUCCAGCAGCCCCUUCCAAUAGUUCUUCUCGAAAUUGGCCUUUGUGUUUGAGUCGACGAGGACCUCGAUGGUGCGGCCGCGCUGCCUGACGGGGAAUGUGGCAAGGUUCUGUGGCGGCCUGAGCUUGCCGGUGAGGGGGCCGACGAGGGGCGGGAAGGGGCACCACUCGCCCACCACCUCGCCCUUCUCGAGCGAGAAGGCCGUGCGGUGCAGCGGACAGAUGACCUUGCCGUCCUUGACCUCGCCCUGCUCCAGGGGCGUGCCGAUGUGCGGACACACGUUGGCCACGCAGUAGAUGCUGCCGUCCGUGUCGGCUACCAGCAGCAGAUUCAGUCCAUUCACCUAGGUGACGACAGUCACACCGACGCGACAGAAAAACAAGUUCGGGGGGGGCGAGAGAGAACUCGUGUGUGUGCCGUGCCCGCACUCACCUGGACAGGCACGAGGUCGCCCGCAGCGAUCUCGUCAUCGUUGAGCACCGCUUUCCACUCCUGAGCCUGUAUGGAUGGCCAGACGCAGCAUUGGUGAAUCAAUCGUCACACCCAUCCACCCACCCGGCCUCCCGCCAAUCAAGGUCGGUCGCCUACCGUCGUUGUCUUGCCGCCGAACACAGCUUGGAGGCUUGUACGAGGGGCAUGGCGCUGACAGACAAACACACACACACACACACACACACACGGCGUCACUCACUGUCCUGUUUGCCCCCUAUGGUGUGCGGUAUGGAUGUGGUGUGAUGCCCACCGCCUGAUAGAGUGAAGGUGAGACGCCCAGUUGGCCCGCGUCAGACACGACCAGGGAGGCGCGCUGCGUGAGGCAGGGGGGAGGCGACACGAAACCCAAGCCGCCACGCAUACGCGCACCGCUGCACAGACCUGCAACCACACUCACAGAUACUUGCACAUGGCAGCAGCCUGGCCUGGCUGUGGUGGUGUGCGUCUCGUCUGGCUGCCCAUAUUCCCCUUUGGUCUGUCUGCCCCGUGCCCCAUCCUUGCUUGUCUCUCUGGUGCCCGUCCGUAGAUCAGAUCAUGAACUUCUCAUCUACGUACCUGCGGCCAACGCCGCGACCAGCAAGUGGCAGACGCACUUCAUUCUCGCAGACCACAGGCGAGUUCUAAAGUGAAAAAUCAAUCGGCGCACUUCGCUGCUUUCCCCUUCCGCUAAGCUCGCAGAUGCCGGGAAACGUGGCGAAAACAGCCGGAAAGAAGGGUAAGAG